AUGCGCAGCAUAGAAAACGAUAGAAGUAAUUAUCAACUUACACAGAAAAAUAAAUCGGCGGAUGGGUUGGUAUUUAAUGUGGUAACUCAAGAUAUGAUAAACAAAAGUACUAAACCUUACAGAGGACACCGGUUUACAAAAGAAAAUGUCCGAAUACUAGAAAGUUGGUUUGCAAAGAACAUCGAGAACCCAUAUCUAGAUACCAAGGGCCUAGAGAAUCUAAUGAAGAAUACCAGUUUAUCUCGCAUUCAAAUCAAAAACUGGGUUUCGAAUAGAAGAAGAAAAGAAAAAACAAUAACAAUCGCUCCAGAAUUAGCGGACCUCUUGAGCGGUGAGCCUCUGGCAAAGAAGAAAGAAUGA